CAUCCAUCGAACACGAACCUCGGCAUCGAUCAUGUCCGGUGGAUGAUAUGGAAUCAUGGAUUCAAUUCUUCUUAGGUUGGAGCGUGAACACUGAAUCUUGGCGAUUAGUACAUCCUACUUUUGCUUCUCUGGCAUUCUGCGAAACAGRCUGUGGCACAUCCAAGCGAUUAACAGAUCAACAAAACCAUCAACAUCAACAUCAAAAUACUCCUUGCAAUAUACAACAGCAGCAGCACCAUGCUACUUUCGAAAUCUCCCAUCCCAUGGUUGCCGGCCUCGAUGUCUCUGCUGUCGCCAUCAUCCAUCACAUGCCUUCUCCUUUUCCCCUCGAUUUCCUCAAUGCCAGUUCCUACGAGUCUUGAAGAAAUGGUACGCAUCUUAAACAUCUUUCGUUGCCUCCACAAAGAUCGCGUGUAGAAAGGAUCGAACCCACUGGCCUCGAACAARACUUUCCUGUUGAUUCGUCUAUAGCCAAAGAAGGAGCGACUCAAUUCAUCAUUCACCCGUCCAUCCAUGUCUCUUACCUUCGACAUUUGUUUCAUUCAUGCUAUUGCCGACCUACAGAACCCCGGAAAUCUUGCUUUGUGCACCACCAUCGACRACAUYGAUGCUGUUGGUGGAGACCUGCACUGCCUAGGAUGGAAUGGAAGUCGAACGUUCGAAGACAUUGACGAGAAAGCCUCGCGAAACCCCGGUCUCGACUUUCUGCCUGCGGACCUUGACGACAAAGACGAACCACUCCCGAACUGGCGGUACGAGAAUGGCUUGCUUCGAGCGCCGUUCCAGGGUUCCGAAGAUGGUGUCGGCGGGAGCCGAGAUCUCUGCUUGGGGCCGAGUGAUGUUGCCCUUUUCGAAGCACCCUGCAARCCUUACGAACUGAAACUGCAAGAAUGUCCGUCCGAAAGCAACGUUCGCAACAGCAUCGUUCUCGACGAGGGAUACGACAAUGCUGUCCCURCCGAUKCUGCUGCCAGCUCGGAAGAAAUGGCAGCUAGCCGUCACAUGCGUUUUCUCGUUACGGGGCAGGGGCGUGUGCAGUCCCUGGCUCCCGUGCUCGAACGGAGAACCGGCAGGGAUGUGAUCGAAAYGAAACCCUUCUGUCURACCAUGCUAAAUGGCAACGAUGACGGCCUUGGUAAGAAGCCAUAUCUCGUUCCAUGUCAACCAGAAAACAAGGAUGGCAAAGACACCAAUCACGACGRCCGGCACGGACUCGCCUCCCCGGUCCAGGUGUUUGGCGUAUACGGGACCUACUCGGAUUCCUUUGUGAUGGUGCUGCAGACUGUCUGGGGAUACAACGAGGUCGUGAAACUGGCAUACCAGGUCGGUAUUCCAACGGGAUCUAUGUCGUCUUUUACUUCUUCCGCCACGAUUGUCAUUGAGCAGCAAGUAGGCUCGAGCAACAGCCAUGUAGACAACAGCACACCGAUGUUGGUGAAGGAGAUUCCAUUAGUUGAAGAUCAUCAUGUUGCGAAUAGUAUCAGCGGCAUUCUUUCCUUCUCUUCCUGCCAAUACGAGAUGGUUGGUCCCAUGACUGCAACGCUCCACUCAAUUCGUGACGACGUGAAUGCUUCGAAUUUCGAGGCCUCUACAGCAUCAACAGCRGCUUCCCGCGCCUUCUUUGUGGUCKMCGAUCCGCRAAAGGARAGCCUCAACGGGUUUUUCGAAAUGUUYGUUAUCAUCUUUUGUUCCAUUGCGGGAUGCUUUACUUUGUCGAUGGUGGCCGAUUGGUGCCUCAAGGACAAGAUUCGAGCAUUCGGAACUCUCUGGGGGGAAAACAGCGACGGGAAGACCGUCUGUCUCGACGACGACCUGGACGACAACUUUGACUUGGAAAAGGACGAGGGCACCGAGAUCACCUCCGAGCCAGAAAAGGAAAACGAACGGACAGCCGACGAGGACAACAACACGGAACMUGCCAGUGCCGAUGAUAGUAGCAGGAAUAUCGACGGCAGCGACGACUACAGCAUGUGUAGCAACGAAAACCAUGGCAAAGCCGACAACGAGGAAACUCCUCCUCUCUUUCYGAAUGAUGUUUGAAACCGAUACGCAAGAUUAUGGAAGAUGCGCAUGUCCUGUUUCUGAAGAAAAAUGGAAUGCAACAAAGGAUCGUUCGGUGCGGCAAGAUCGAGAAAGACAUGGAUGCUUGCACAGACUGACGGAGGAAUCGACUUUUGGUAGCUUGUGGACACUGGGUUURCUGCUCYUCCAAAGUUGGAAAUUUUCUGCUCUGUGUCUGUCUACGGGUAUUCUUUACAUCUUUGGAUCGAGGUUUUGCAUAUCUCUCUGCCCGAAUAGGUUUUCACUCGAUGAUGCACGGUGUUAUACUGUAAGGGAUGAACGUUUAUGAUACGGAAUAGGGCAGAUAAGAGAGGACGUCUCCUCCCUUUGGCAUGCAUUKGGACUGCGGUACGCUCUGUUCUUGCACGAUAUCUAAGUAUCAAAUAUCACUUUGCUGCGCUUGCAGAUUGAACGAAUGCAUGGCUCGACCGCAUAUCUUUGAGGUUGGGAGCUCAAGAGACGAACUUAUGCGGUCUGGUGGACAUACUACAAGCGGURGACUUAGAAUCCUGUUACGUGUCAGUGCAGUAUUAUACCAAUCGUUUGUGUGCUGGAUCCCCAAUUAUAAAGUAGUUAACAUCAU